AUGGUGCGUGCAAUUCUCCUCCUGCAAGCUGCGAUGUGGAUGGUAGCAGACCAUGCUGCAGCCAUGCCGACAGGAGUGCCGGAGUUGUGCCAGAAUGAGGUUUCUUGCCAGCUUCCGGCCGCUGCCGGUGAUGAGAUGUCGAUCCUGCAAGCGGAGGUCAAUGCAGACUUCAAGCCCGAGAAAGUUGCGAAGAAGCUGCAGGAAAAAAAGGCGAAGAAGGAGAAGAAACAGCAGACCCGGAAGCGAGGUCUCAAGAAGUUCCUGAAGCAUUCAUGGAAGCACAGGCUCAGUGAUGCGUGA